AUGCGUGUUGGAGUAGCUGCGACCAUUAGAAAUUUACCAGUUCAUAAGCUUGCAAAUAAAAUGGGCCCUGAAAAAUGCAAAACAAUAGUAGCUGCUCAUCAAUUGUCCGGGUCUGAUUACACCAGUAAAGUUGGUACUAAAUUAAGCUGUCUAGCUGAAGAACCAGAAGGUUCUCUUCUUCAUUUCGGUCGAAAUUCUUCUGAAGAUCUGUUGCGUUACAUCCUAAGAGUAGCUGAAAGAUAUCUCGUUAAAGUUUUUAAUCCAAAUACUAGUUGUCAAAAUUUCGACGAACUUCGAUAUAAUUAUUAUCAUCACACUAAAAUUUGCGAACUUAGUCAGCUACCACCUACUACAGCAUCAAUAACAUUACAUAUUCUACGAGCUUUUUUUGUAACUUAUCAACGACUUAAUUGUUUGAAUGAAAAGACUGUUGCGUUAGAUCCUCUUUCUUAUGGAUACGAAAUUCAACACGACUUGUUGAUUCCCCAGAAAGUGAACAUACUAUUGCCACCGAUUGACGAAUUCGUACCAAGCUGCCAUUGCGUUGCCUAUUAA